AUGGCGGUCCUUGGCAUAGCCAGCUGGAACCUGGGGGGGCUCACCGGGGACAAAAUCCUGGAGCUCACCCAGAACUUUGCGGGGGACCAUGUGCUCAGCAGAAUUCAGGUUUUCAUGUUGCAAGAAGUCAUCACAGAAGUGGAGCUGUUCUUCGCCUCGCGCUACAAAUGGACGUUGAUCUAUGGCAAGAGAGAGGGCGCCUGGAGAGGAGAGGGGAUACUGUACCACUCAUCCCUGGGCCUACACCACCACAGCAGAGCCCACAUGCAUGCAGUCAGCACCACCAUUAGGAGCCACCACAGCAAGAUUAAGAUGAAACUCAUCGCAGCCCACCUCCCACAUCACGCCACCACUGAACAGACAACAGCACUAGCAGCCGAGUGGGGAGAGCACAUGCCGCGGAACAAGAUCUGGAUAGGCAUUGAUGCCAACGAGACCUUUACGACCACACCAGGGGGGCUCGACUACCUUUGGCAAAAGGGAUACCGUGCCGAAGAAGGGGGAACCCAUCCCUGCCGCCACCAGACCGCCUCCGACCACGAUGCGGUUUGGUCGAUUGUAGCCUUCAACCCGCGCCUGGGGAAGUCCACUGGCCCAGACGGCAUCUCCCUGGAGGCGCUCCGGGUGCUGAUCCAGGACCCGGUCCUCGGCCGCACUGCACAGCACCUCCCCACCAGGGCGGGGCCCAAGAUCACGGCGCCCGGCUCUCCACUGACGUUUGUGGAGCCUGUGGCGGCCAUCAUCACGGCCAUGAACCACCGGGCACUGCCUAGCAGCCACGACCGGCCAUCAUGGCCCCAAUUCGAUAUGUGGUGGCCCUCCUGGGCUGUGGAGCGCACAGAGCUCCAAACGACACCGAGCCCACCACAAGGGCGCACUAUCCGCUUGGGGGAAGAGCCACCGCUGCACCACGGGACAGCCACAGCGGAGGUGGCUGUGGGGCCGGACGAGCCCAUGACGGACAACAACCCCACGGCAGCCAUGGAGGAGCCACAACCACCAAGAGUGUGGAGCACCGCGACGGGCACGACAGGAGCAGCCAAUCCGCAGCCACAGCCACCGCAGCCAAUACAACCGCAGCAGCAGGAGGAAGGGGGGCAGAGGAGGCAACGCCGCGCUGACAGCCACGACAGCAGCAGAAGCUCCAAUGACGCCAACCGCAACGGGACAGGUGAGCCAGCAGCACAACGGGGCCAACAGCUGGAAAGCUCCGACACAGAAACAUCAGCCUCAGCAGCAGCCGGCAGCGACAGCCCUCAGACGACCCACACGGACCCAUGGACAAGCAUCAGCUCACCACGACUGAGCCAGUGCAGCGACGACACCGACCAAAAACAACCGCACAAGACGCAACCGCCUGUCACACAACGGGAGCAGCCCAGCGUGGCGCCACCAUGCCAGCCACAGCCAGCGCCACAAGAGCUACCGAGCUCCAGCAUGAGCAAACCGCGCUGGCAAAGAGCUCGCAACCGAGCGGCUGCGGGCCCACAGACAGACCAAGGUCCAGAGCGACCAACAGCAGCGCCGGCUACCACAGAGGAGGCGGGGGGAGCCGAGCCACCACCACCGCAACAGCAGCCAACACAAGCAGACGCCCAGCACGUGCAGACCGAGAGAAGAAAUAGCGGGGGGUCAACGACAGCAGCCGUAGGUGACGCCAAGCGCGUGAAUGGCGAGUUUAACCUCUGGCUGCUCAGCUUAGGGCAAGGACGAGUCCCUAGGACGAUGCCACCUGAACUCCCCAUUGCGCCCGAUGCCUUUCUGCACACGUGUGCGCUGAGCAACGGUGGAGCCUGGGCGGCAGUCAUUAUGGACAGACGCGAUGCGCGCGGCCCGGCCUAUUUCAGCGGGCAGGAUCGCCCAUAUGCCAUCGCACGUCAAGAGAGACGUGAGGGGGCCCCCGGCCAUACGGGGUACCUGGCGACGGGCAUGGCCAUGCUCUUGCUGCCGCUCGGUCCGCCAGCAGGGGUAGCCCCCGCCAGAUGGAUGCUCUUUGUGACAGCAGUGGAGACAAAUCGCGAUCCUGCAGCCUGA